AAAAACCGUCCACAUUUUAUGGAAGGCUGACAGAGUUGAAAAAGCGGCGCAUUUCGAAAAAAGAAUGGCGUCCAGGAGACUGACGACUGUCCACAGAUUGCAGAAGCCUCUCCUCGGAGAUUCAAAUAACUCAGAGGAUGGAAGCCAGAACAACAGUGGCAACAACAGCGGAACGAGGAAGAAAACGAAACCUGCUGGAAAGGUGGUGCAGUCACGAUAUCUUCAGGCUCAACCAGCUGACAAGAGGUCGCAACCGAAGACUCAUUCAGCCAGUGAGUCUACCUACCUGGCUCCGAGACCAGCGUCGCCUAAAGCAGAAAGUGGCCGCAAGCAACCUCUGACCGCCUCCCCACGGCGAUCUGUUGCUUGCCAGUCAGCCCUUAAUCGUAUCUCCUUGACUUCCAGUAUUCUGGAACCCUCGAUGUUAGGGGGUAAUGUCCUCCAGUCAACCAUUUUGGAUGGCCACUGCGUCCGACCAGAGUUUGAUGUCUCUGCAAUAAAAGAAAAGACGGCAACACUGAACACCGUGGAAGCCGGGAAUGAGAAGGAGAUCUUGGAAAACCAGACAUUUUUGUUGGCGUACCUCACAGCCAAGAUGGAGUGUAACACACGCAAGCUGAUCGCAGAGGCGGAGCACAAUCUGUUGCUCGUGAUGGAGGAGGAGGAGAGGUUGCGGAAGAAAGUCCAUGAGAAGAAACGACAGCACCUCCUGCUGGAGAAGCACAAGCAGCUCAACGACCUACUGGACUUACAGAGCACAGCGCUAGCCCCUGUGUCAGCGGCCGCCAAGCAGUUCACCCAGGAGUACAAGACGUUCGCCACGGCGGUGGACACCACACGGCAUGAGCUGCCCGUCAAGAACUUCCACAUCGAGGGAGACAGGAGGGAAUUCCUGGACAAAGCGGAGGCGUGCCUGAAGGAGAGCGAGGCCGUGCUGCGGGGGUGUGUGCGCGGGGCCUGUCACGAGAGCGACCGGGCGCUGGAGCUCCUCGGGGAGAUGCAGAGGGAGUCGCGGGAGCUCCACGAGCAGCUCACGGGGGGAUUCUCAGAGCUUUUGGAGCUGUCCUCCCUUGUCAGCCGACAGACAGUCCAGAUCCACCAGUCCCUGGAGGAGGAGCGGAUAGGGGCACCCCUGGCACAAGCACUCUACCUCCCGAAACAGUGAGGCUGCAGCCGGGAUGCCACUAAAGAUAUUCUGUUUUAUGACCAGAUAUUUGGCUCCUGCAUUCAUUCUGUCCCCUGUUCUUCGGUGUCUGGGAGGCUCCUCCUGGUAACAGAAGGUUCCACAACUUUCUGUGUUGCUGUGCUAACUGUGGAUGUUCUGACUUAGACCAUUCCCCUUGGACAGUACUCGCAGUGAGACAGCAAAUCAGAAUAUUUACAGCUUCAGCAACGGCAGGGGCAGAACCAUCAAUGUGA